AUGCCUGGCAGAGAUUGGGAAAAGUCAGAGAACGUCGGUUUCGACGACGACCUCAAGUUCGAAGACAAACAGGAAGAAGACAACCUCAAUCGGGCCCUCGUCGAGCAUUUUCGGAAGACAACCGUCCGAGACUUCGAGGGUCGUUACGUACUACGGCUCCCCUUCAAGUCGAACAUUCGAGCCUUAGGGGAUAACGAAAAUCUCUCGAGAUCCAGACUACACUCCUUCAUCGAGAAACUCAAAAAAGACCCGACGAAAUUGAAGGCAGUCGAUGACGAAAUCAAAGGAUACCUAGCAGCUGGGUUCGCUGAGGAAGCACAACCGAAGCAAGUCGGUCAACUGGCUCACUAUUUGCCGAUUCAGGCGGUCUUCAAGGCGAAGCCAGACACCCCGUCAGGAUUGAAGACGCGCGUCGUGAAGGACGCAAGCGCCAGGCGCUCGAACGAGGCCGGCCUCAACGACGUACUUCAUUGCGGCAUGAACCUUCUGCCCGAGAUUUCGAAAGUCCUAUUCAAAUUCCGACGGUACAAAUUCGUCUUCACGGCAGACAUCGAAAAAGCGUUCCUGCAAUUCAGAAUUGCCGACAGCGACAAAACCUUCCUGCGUUUCUUAUGGCCCCUCGACAUUAGCAACAACGGUUCAGCCAAGAUCAAAGAAUUCUGGGCUACCCGCCUGGACUUCGGGCUCAUCUGCUCACCGUUUCUGCAUUGUCAGGGAAUCAGAUUCCACUUGGAAUCAGCAAUGGAGAAAUAUCCACGAGACACCUCCUUCAUCGAAGAGAUCCGCGACACGUUCUAUAUGGACGAAGUCAUCGGAGGAGGGGACUCCAUCUGCGAAGCAAAACAUCGAAUUCGCCUCCUCUCAAAUAUCUUCACGGAAGCCCACUUUCCGUUGGACAAGUUGUCCACAAAUUCCCCGGAACUGGAGAGAACCAUCCGCCAAGCAUCACCACUUGAGAACCUCUCUAUAACAUCCGGCCAGGCCGACGCUAAAAUUCUAGGCGUACCCUGGAAUCAAGUUUCGGACAGCCUGUCAGCCCCGAUUUCGAAAGCAAUCAAAGAACUCACUACGGGGACACCGACAAAGCGGAAAUUGCUCAGAGCAUUAGCCCAAGUUUUCGAUCCUUUGGGCAUCAUCAGCCCAAUCGUCAUCAGCUCAAAAAUAAUCUUCCAAGAUCUAUGGAAAGAAAAGAUUGGAUGGGACGAUCCCCUACAAGGCGACUACCUGAACCGAUUCUACGCAUUCGAAGAACUCCUCAGCCAGGCUAGACAAUUGAGCAUCGCCCGGCAACUAAAUCUAGCGGGCCAGGUCCCGAACAAGAAAGAAUUAUUCGCAUUUUGCUACGCAAGCCUUCACGCAUACGGGAUGGUAGCCUACCUCAAAACACAUCGACCCGCGAACACCCCAGAAAUUUCACUCCUCCUCGCGAAAUCCAAAGUUGCCCCAAUCAAAGCUACGACCAUCCAUCGGUUGGAACUUCUAGGAGCCCUCCUGGCAGCCAGGAUGACGAAGAAAAUCCUCGAGUGGAUAGACUUCAGAAUCGACGCGGUACACAUGUUCUGUGACAACUCAGCAGUCCUUGGAUGGAUCACGUCGAACCCAGAUAAAUGGAAACCUUUCGUGGCUAAUAGAAUCAGAAAAAUCCACGGGUUGACCAUCGACGCGAAGUGGCAUUACUGGCUGAGUUUGGAUGACGCUGAUUUGGAAGCACAUCUGAAACUCGAGCGCGCGCCUCUCGGACGUGCGCCGCUCGACAGUCAUUCGGAAACUCAAUACGAGCAAAAGAAAAGCGUCACUUCAUUGCUCGUCGCACAUUCGAAAAGCAUGAAAGACGAUCCAAAAAUAUUCUUCGAGGACAGCUUUUCGUGUUGGCUCAAGGCGAUCCGCUUCUGGGGAUUCAUGCUCCGACUCAAGGCAAAAGCCCAAUUGGCGAAGUCGAGAGUUCGAUCGAGAACCAAAUGCAGUGCCAGGCCGAAGACAGAACUGAACUUGAUUGAUCCAGACGAAAUGAACACAGCCAGGCUGGAACUAAUCAAACUCAUUCAGAAAUCUUAUUUCCCAGAGGAAGUCGAUUCGAACUGCGAGCGGGUCGGACCCAAAAGCCUACUCUUCCAAUAUAACCCAUUUAUAGAUGAAGAAGGAAUCUUGCGCUCAAAAACCCGGCUACAACGUUCGCCGGACUUCUCGGAAGCCCAGAAGAACCCCAUCAUUUUACCCUCAAACUGCAACUUCUCGAAACUAAUUAUCCGUUAUAUCCACGAGAGGAAAUGCCUGCAUUUUGGCGGAGUCUCGGCGACCCUCCACAUUCUGAGGGAGGAUUUCCUGAUUCUACAUACGAGAAAACUCUCAAGACAAGUGAUUUCCGCAUGCAUGAUCUGCAAGAUUUUCCGCUGCCAGGCAGCAUCCCUGCCAACAGCCCAAUCGCCAUCGUUCCGAUUGGAAACCACACCACCAUUCUUUUACACAGGAUGCGAUUUCGCAGGUCCGAUCAAAUAUAAGAAAGAUUCAGGAGAAAAAGCCAAGGGCUAUAUCCUCCUAUUCACGUGCGCGGUGACGAGAGCCGUGAACCUCCAAUUGACCGCGGAUAUGUCGACAGUCGAGGUAUUGGGAGCCUUGCAGAAGUUCGACAAUCGCUAUCCGUCGGUCUACACAAUCACCUCAGAUAAUGGGCUCUCAUUCCAGAGAGCAGCGAAGGAGUUAAAAACCCUAUACAGCCACAUCGUGAACGGAGACAUCAAAAAAUGGCUGGCCGAUUCCUUCCUCAAAUGGGAAUUCAUCAUCCCACAUGCUCCGUGGUUCGGAGGCUUCUACGAGCGACAAGUUCAAUCGGUCAAGAGACCUCUGAGGAAAGUCCUCGGAUCAGCGGUUCCACAUUUCCGCGAUCUGGAAGUUAUUCUGAGUAACAUCGAAGCGAUGAUUAACAGACGCCCGAUCACAGCCAUCGCCGCAGAGACCGAUCAGAUCGAAGCGCUGAGUCCGGCGGAUUUGCUCUACGGGUACAAGAGCAAGACGUUCUUUCCCCAGCACGUCUUGAAACCACCGAGACCCAUCGAGGCUGAUAAAAUCAUAUUCUCCAGGAGAUGGGUCCAUCAACAGAAAAUUCCAAACUCGUUCUGGAAGAGAUUUCACAAUGAAUAUCUCAGCUACCUCCGGAGCGCCCACAACCGGAAACCCUUGUCGGCCAGGCCACUGAAAGUCGGAGACAUAUGUCUAUUGGAGGACUCGAAUUCCAACAGGGCCCUCUGGCCUCUCUGCAGGGUCAUAGCACUCAAGGGUAACGCGAAACCAGAGGAAGCGAGAUCCUGCACGAUCAAGACAGCGACCGGUCAAGUUUUCGACCGACCGAUGAAGAAGCUCUACCCAAUAGAGGCGACCGAGUCCCACUGA